ACCCGUCGUAGUUCGCAGUAGUUCGUGACGGUCAGGGGCGAGAACGAGACAGCCCGUGAAUGGGCUUUCGCAUGUCGCAGCGAGCCAACCACACGAAGUACUUCGGAGAAGAUCCAGGUCCUCUCGCGUCUCAAAGCCGGAGUUUAUGUACGCCAACAUGCGAGAGCGGGAGGAAUUCGCGAGGAGCUUCCCUCCUGGCCAUCCAAGUCAGGCUCCUUCUCCGAGAGCCUUGGGAUUAGAUGCUUUACAUGGACUCUGCAAGGAGAUUUAUCCUGACCAGGGGAACCCACUCACUGUCACGGCUAUUGUCAAAUACUGGUUGGGUGGUCCAGAUCCUUUAGACUACAUAAGCAUGUACGAGAAUCCUGGAUGUCCCGAGCUGGGUGUACCUUCACAUUGGCACUACGUUAGUUUGGGCUUGUCGGACCUCCACGGGGACGGAAGGCUGCAUCCGAAAAGCGGUCCUGGUCGUCCGAGUGGCUUUGGAUUCGAGCUGACGUUCAGGCUGGUCAGAGAACGAGGGGAAAGGACUCCCCCAACGUGGCCGGCCAAUGUGAUGCAGCAAUUGGCGAAAUAUGUCUUUAAUUCGGGCAAUAUGUUACUUCCUGGCGACCACGUGUCCUGGCACGCGCCCCUCGACAACGGGAGCGGUCGCAUUACGCAAAUACUUAUGGGCAGGGAUCCCCAGCUGCCCAGUUCUGUGUCUACCCCCCACGGAGAGGUAUCCUUCGUUCAGAUCAUCGGCGUUACCUCGGAAGAGCUGCAGGCGGCUCAGCACUGGAACGGAUUGGGUGUUGUCAAUUUAUUGAAGACCUCCAGGGGAUGCGGCCCAUGGCUGGUAACGGAUACCAGGAGAAUUCAUUCCGUCAUGGAGGAGGAUCCAUCCGUUGCCGAGAAAAUACAAUGCGGCAUUGAGAGGGAAGGAUCCAAUUUGAGCGGCGUCUCUGCGAAGUGUUGGUGGGUGCAGAUGACCACUGACAAGAGCACAGAGAAGUACAGAGAAAAGAAAAACGACUCCGAUGAUGAGGAUGGCGAUGUGAAGCCGCUGAUCAAGACCGAGAGGUUGUCGCCUUGCGAGCAAGAGACAAGUUUCACGGAUGAGAACGGCGUCAGAACUCUGCCGGGACUUCACUUGACCUUCAACCUUGAAGCCGGAAGUCUCUUACCUCUUGCAAUUAAGGGUCGAGUUAUGCAUGGACGACACUUUACCUUCAAAUCGAUCUUGUCGCACUCGGCAGUGACGAUAGUUGCACCGACUGUUACCGGCACGCUGGUAUCCAAAGAAAGGCCUUACGUGAUUCAAGGCCCCUGGUUGCAAGUCCUGCUACCUGAGGAUCUGACGGAAAGAAUGGCUCAAGAAUUUCAGGUCUUGAGCAUGCCUAAUCAUAUUCAAUUACCAAAAACAUUUUCCUGGUCGGACCACAAGCUGGCUAUUACAAUCGUAAACGAUUAAGUGCGAGAUUAACGUUUGCCAUAGAAACGAUUUUGCAACAAGUGACAAUAUGUACAGUAAUCGAAAUGGUUUCCAAUUGAAGAGGUUCGUUCCAGAAUGAGCCACGUAUAUUUUACGGUAACAUUUAUUAUUUUGUAUAUUUUUUAUUGUGAAAUAAUUGUAACUUGUCUUGGGGCCAAUCCCUUCGAUUAGGAUCUGGACAGUGAUCGAUACCACUGGCACGGUGUUAAAAAGUCAUAUUAUUUUCUUACCUGGUUAAAAACUUACCACAGCCCAGCUCUUCUGACUAAUUUGAGAGUAUCGCAUGUAUUGAACGGCAUCGUAUACAACGUCCAUAUAGUAAGAUUUAAUUUAUUUUCAAUUUACUCGGCAAUCGCUUAAUAUAAUUAUUUUUUAUUAGGAAUAAUUUAUACAUUUAAGCUGAAUAUCGUAAGCGUUCGGAAUUUACAUCCUUUAGUUUAAUGUGAUAUGUUAAGUAGCUGGAAUACUGUUACGUAUUGAAUUUGCUCGGCUCUCCUGUACGUCCUUUACCGACCUUUGCUUGCAUCUCAAGGCGACGCGGUCGCUUGUAUUUAAUAACGUGUAAAUAAUACGGUAUAACUUAAA